AUGUGUUAUGUCAAAGUGAACGGAAAUAGUGAAAUAGGUUUUAAUGCUUUAAAUCAUGAUCACGACAAGGACGACGAAAACUUUUUAAAUCGUCAAAAAAUCAGUAACAAAUUGAAACGUAAAGCUCUCGAUGAUCCAUGUGAAAAGCCGUGUAAAAUUCUACAACGGGAGUUGCGUGAAGGAGAUGUAUGUGCAUUGACUACCACAGAUAUAAAUCGUAUUAGGAAAAAUAUUUAUUAUGCUCGGUUGAGCAGAAUUCCAAAAUUGCCUACAAAUCUGGAAGAAUUACAUUUGGCGCUAACCAAUUUGGGUGAGAUUAAAAAUAACAUAGACGAAAUUUUCUUACUAAUAAAUAACCAAUUGUAG